AUGUUACUGAAUGUCCGUUUAUCGGAGUUUGAUUCCGAUCUCAAAGGUCUUGGAAAUGUUUUUGACAGUUUCAACGAAAAGUGUCAGUCAAGCGAACAACUUACCAAAAAUGUACGUGAUCAAACUAUUAGGUUGGAAAAUCAGGUUAAAAAUGUUCAAGAAGUUUUCAGCAAGUAUAAGUCCGAAAAAGAAAAAGAACUUAUGGAGGUGGCAGAAAGAAAUGAUGAAAUGGCCGAACAGUUGACAGAUCUUAGAUGCCGGUCCAUAAAGUAUCAUCUUGUAUUUUCUGGUAUCUAUGAACGUGAUCGCGAGGACACUGAAUCUGUAAUAAGAGAGUUCCUAGACAGACAGCUGGACAUCGGUCAACAUAUCGAACUCGCUAACGUUCACAGGUUUGGCAGGAAAUCCAACAAAGGUCCAAGACCAGUAGUAGUCAAAUUCAUUUUCCAGAAGGAACUUGAUAUGGUGCUGAAAAACGCAAAGAAAUUACGAGGUAAGCCAUACAGAAUUAACAAACAAUUUCCUCAGGAAAUAGAGCAAGCCCGAAAAAGCCUCUACCCCAAAUUCAAGGAAUUUCGUGAGAAAGGUGAUCACGUCAAAUUGGUACGCGACAUAUUGUAUGUCAACGGACAACCCUAUGAUGAUGUGAGAUCCUCUACACCACAGGCCACACGGAGCCACGCAAGUUACAACUCACAGGAAACCCCGAAUCGGCGUCGUAAUCCAAAACGUGGACGUAUGAGCUCUACUCAUGAAGGUCCCUAG